AUGGCAAACAUUACCAGUAACCCUAAUAAUGGAAUUACUAACUCCUCCAAUCUAAAAGCAGAAAAAAGUAAACAAGAGUUUCUAGGACGAGUACGUCAUCGACAUACACCACAUCCCCCACCUUCCUCAUUAAAAGGACUAGACAUGCCCGCAAGACUAGAAUCUAGUUCUUUAGUUGGACGCGGCAUAAAACUUUUAGAUGACGUUCCAGUGUCUUUAUUAACGGACAAUUUCAUGGGAAUGAAUUUGGAUUUGAGUAGUAUGCCUGGUGCUUUUUUGGAAGAUGAUGAUGUUCUUAAUCCUCGCAUGUUAGAAUACAAUGAAAUCGACCAAAGAGAUUUGUUUAUGCUUAUGAAUGUUAAAGAUGACUCGAUAAAGAAUCUUGGAUCGAAUGGUCUAAUGACGAGAAAAGAUCCGUCUACAGCUAGCUGGCUUCGUAGAACACAAUAUAUCAGCUCUGAGCCGAUUAACAUCAAAAGCGAGAAGAGCAAAUUUGGAGAUUUUGUGGAUGAAAAAAUAUUAAGACAACAGCCUGAAAACAGAGUCGAGGCAAUACUCAAGUCAUUCGAAGCAGCAAAUGAUCCUCUUCGUCGAGAAAACUUGACACAUCCCACGAAACCUAAUGUCAAAGCGGAAAGCUUCAUCGAAGUCUUUCCGAAAUUCGACACUUGGGGCGAAGUGUACACAAUGUGUACAUUUGAUGGUGAUCCGUACGAUGGUGUCGAAUUUGAAGAAAGUCUUAAUGAUCCAGAAAUAAAAAAUGAAAGACUCGAUAAAUCUAUCUUAAAACCGGUCGACCACGCGAAUGAGCCUUUCUUAAAUUAUUAUCUCCCAGCAAAAGAAGAAGUAGACCGGUUAAGAACCGGUACACUAUUUGAACAGGAGGAAGAUCCAUACGAAUAUGCUUGGAUACGUGACUACAGUUUCGAGGCGGGAAGUGUAUCCAAAAAUAAUUCAAUAUUGGUCUUUUUCAAUAAGGAUGACUUGGUAGAAAGCGGCGAGGAUCAAGAUCGAGAGCAAAAAAACAAAGAAGAAUACGAGGAGAAAAUUGCUCGAUAUCAUUUAUUAGAGAGGCGAUUACUGUUAAGGAAGAAGAGACGACAGCAGCAACCAUAUCAAUAUUCAAAAGUACCCGAUGAUUACAACAUACCAAAAUCGAUCCGUAUAUUGUAUACCGGGGAAACCGAAGAAAAUAUCAGCAAUAAAAGACGAAAAUACGAACAUAUUGGUCUUGAGGAAGAUGAAAUUGAAGAGUACCUAACUAGACUUCAAGCAGAAUAA